AUGGAACAGCAAGAGAAAGGGACUGGGCCUGAAGGGAACAACCUGUCCCCGCCAUCACCCGGGACUGAGCCGUGCCCCCCUGCACCUUUCCCAGCCUUGCCACCUUUCCCCCUGGGCACCCCAGAUCCAGUCCACCUGGGGCUCCCUGAGAGUUUGGCCUCUGUCACCGUCCCCAUCCGUCUGGAUGCCCUCUCCUACCUCCUGCACAGCGCCCUGCUGGGGGCCUACACCCUUCAACAGUGCUUGCCCUCCUGCCCCUGUAACCCCCAGGCAGGCUAUACCCAGCCAGGCAUGGCCACAAGGCCACCCAGGGGACGCAGGGGCUGGGGCGUCCAGCGCAGGCCAGGCCGGGGCCAGGUCCAGCAGCGAUGGCAACCUGGAAGGGCUGAGAGGGGCUGGCCGCGGGGGUCUGGGGCUGGCCCCAAGACUCCACUGGCGAUGUCAACAUCACCACCAACUCUGCCUGGUCGGGAUGGGAAGAAGGAAGCCCGAGGUCAGGAGCCACCCCAGGACACACCGCCUGCUGCAGCAGAAGACUGGGAGGCAGAGUACUAG